AUGUCAUGCAGCGACUGCUCCUCGGACAAAACCUCAGAUAAACCCUCAGACACGUCCAAGUCUAGCCAAGACCAUGACGGGUCCCUUCUACAAAGGCUCUUUCAGUUAGUCGUCAGAUAUCUACCAGAAGGAUCGGCAUUGCUUUCAUCUUCGUGUUGUUGGCUGCCAACUGUCCUCGAUUUUCUCUUUGCGGGUUCGGUGGCCACUGCUGGAAUCGAGAAACUGCGAAAUGCUUUUCUAGCGAUUUCCAUUCUGACCCUUAUUUGGGGCGUGUGGCGCGAGGGACUUAGUCGUCGAAUGGUGUGGCGGAUUGCGAUCUGUGUCGGGUUGUCGGCUUGGGAGCAAGUGAAUCAGUGGGGAAAGGUCGAUAGCAAGGGGCAGCACAGCUGCCAUUAA